UCCCUUUAAUAAAGACGUGUCAAACGUCAUAAAGAACACUUUCCUUCCGGUCAUAUUCGUUUGUUGAGUACAGGUUUUUCACAUCUCCUCGCAAAUUUGGACAAUAAACCUACUAAUGAAUCCGAAUGAAGAUGUCGUCCGACUUAACUUUAAACCUCGAGAACCCUGAAAGUUGUUUCAUAAUGAACCCAGAGACGGGCUUCUCCAUCGACCAGGGAGGCGAAUGGGACCUGAGUCUUUUUGAUGAACUUGCCUCCCUGGGAGAUGCAGAUGAUUUAUUCAAGUCCCUUGAGAACCCAGACUAUAUUUGCGGGGCUCCAGAUCUUGACUUUGAUAUUCCUACACCUGCAUGGACUGAUGGCUACUACACAAGCAGUACUUGCACAGAUGGUGAGGCAAGUGCACAUUCUCUGUCACCUUCUCACACCAUGAGUUCCAUCCCCUCCCCCACAGCUGCGGAGACGCUGUCCCCAUACUCCUUACACGAUGAAGCUCUGUCUCCACAGUCACAGCCUUCUCCGGUAUCUGUGUGCUCAGAGUCCAGUGGUUUUUUUGAAAUCCCUCCUACGCCAAAAAAAGCGCUGAAGAGGCCCAGCCAGACCGCUAGAGCUAAACUCGCACCAUCAAGCAACAGGCCUAUUCAAUUGAGCGCCAAAGUUUCCAUCCAACCCAAACCGGUAAUCGCAGCGGUGCCUCUGACACACACUCCUGCUCGCUUGCCACCAAAGACAAUCAUCAUUCAGCCCUUGCAGACCACCAUGCUGCCUGUGGUAAAAGCAGCGCCGAUUAGCAUCCAGCCAGCGCCCUCCCCAGGCCAGCCUCUCAUGCUGUCACAACCAAGCCAGUUGCUACAGAUAAAUUCCCCCCAGCCUGUCACUGGAACCGUGGUUGCCAUGCCAGCACUAGGCAAGGACAGGCCUGUCAUCGUGCCACCCGUGGUCACGCUUCGAAGCCCUUCCUCGGAUGACGAUACCAAGUUUUCCCAGAGGCAACAACGCAUGAUAAAGAAUCGCGAAUCUGCGACCUUGUCCCGGAAGAAGAAGAAAGAGUAUCUGCUGACGCUGGAAGCGCGCCUGAAUUUAGCGCUGUCUGAGAACGCGAUGCUCAAAUGUGAAAAUGGCAGCCUAAAGAAGCAGCUGGAAGGCCUUCUGAGUGAGAAUUCCGUGCUUAAGGCAACGGCCCCCAAGAGACGAGCUGUGUGCCUCAUGGUGGUCCUGGUCUUCCUUGUUCUUAAUGUUGGUCCAAUAAGUCAUCUUCAGGGCAACGCGGGUUCUGGGCUUGAGGUCACAUCCGUGCAACACAGCCGACACCUCUUGGGUUUUUCCUCGGAAUCAGACAGCAAGGUUGUUGAAAGCGACCCGGUCGAAAUGGCCGACAGUGCUGAGGACAAGGCUCUGAUGGUGGUGAAGGAGCAGAACUUUCUCAGGUCCCCGCCCCCAUGCCUGCCACCUGUUAAUAGGACCAAGUGUAUUGAGCUAGCCCAUGAGUUGAGGGGGUGGUUCCACCGUCAUGACGCGCAGCUGACCAAAUCCAGGCGCAUGAAUAACAACCACCUCAGACCCUCCAGGAGCAUUCUGAAAACUGAACAUAAGGAUGCCGAGAGCUCCCAGAUUGUGACUGUUCCAUAUGAGAAAACUGCCAAAGAAAAGACCCCUGGCAGUGAGCUGCAGGUGUACUACAAACCUCCUCACUCAUAUAGUGACUUCUUUGCUGAGAUGAAUCGAAGAGGUGACACAUUUUACAUCGUGUCUUUCCGCAGGGAUCAUCUGCUACUUCCUGCCACCAACCACAAUAAAGGAAGUCGCCCUAAGAUGUCUGUGGUGUUGCCUGCUAUGAACAUAAACGACAGCAUCAUCGGAGACAAGGAGUAUGAAGUAAUGAUGCAGAUUGACUGCGAAGUGACCGACACCAGGAUCCUUCAUAUUCGUUCGGCCACCAUCCCUCCAAUGAUGCGCGUCAACCGCACUCAAAACCUUUACGAGUCCUCCUCGGCAACCUCCAACCCCGCCCCUCCUGUCGGUGUGCUCAUGGGGUUUGCGUAAGACUACAGUAAACAAUCAUAAAAAUCUAAAAAAAAAAAAACAAAGUGGAGACAAUAUUUCGAUGGCCACAUUCUUUGUCGUGGCUUAAAUUCCUGAAGGUUCUUUGUGUUGGGUGGGUGGGAGUUAGCUCCUUGUGUGGCUGCACUGACUUCCCUACAUAACCUCAGACGUCCCACGUACGGAUAAUUGCUUAGCAGCAGGGGGCUGAGCAGUGAACCCAGAGUCACCCCCUCGCAACACAAAUGCACCAUAGCAGCUCUAUCCACAAGUCCACUUUUUCCUUUUGUUCCUCAUGUCUGGAUCAACGAAGGUAUGAAUUGAUACUUCCAACAUUUCUACUUUUCUCAAAAGCGAAAAUUUGAAUGUUGCAUAUUAUGAACAAAUAUUACAGAGGCUACAAACAGGUAGCUCAAAAAGUGAUGUUCUAAAAAUCCAACCACUGUGUACAGCAUGUGCUUGGUAUUUGGUAUUUUUGUGUUUUUCUAAGAUGAAGGGUAGUUGUUUUUUUUUUUAAUAUUUGAUCAAUUUGAGAUGUUUUGUGUAUUUAUUUCUAUUAUUGUCGUCCUGGGUGACAUGUCUAAAAGCUGGUUUUGUCAAAAGGAUUAACGUGUCUAGUUUAUUUUGUAUACCACUGAAUGUGGCACUGCUCUGGGCUGUAGCUAGUUAUUUAGGAGCCCAUAAUAUAGGCCCUCCACAACCACAUUAACUAAAAAAUUGUACUGCUUGGGUCAAUUUUGACACAACAAAAUAUCAAUGAAGUGUCAAUGGAUUUGUGAUAUGCAUAUUCAUUGAAUUUUAAUUAUAAUUAAUGAUUAUGAUAUCGACAUUUGGAAAAAAUGUAUUAAAAAAUCAGAUUUUGUCCAUAUUGCCCAGAAGUAAUCCGAACCUUUGACAAAAUUGAAUCCGGUGUGUACAAGUUUUUUUUUGUUGAUGUUUUGUUUUUUGUCAGAUUGAAUUUAGAGCUGUCAUGGGGGUGGGGGCAAAGAAAAUUAUUCUUUUUGUAAAGUGCACUUGAGGCUUUUCCAAUUUAAAACUAUAUAUAAUAUAUAUGUUGGGGUUGUGACAAUGUUUUAGUAGUUUGAAAUACACAACAUGGGAUGUUCAAUUCUGGCUUGAAAUGUAAAGUUGAAUUUGAAAUCAUGGUUUAUUUGCUGAUGAUCAGCCAUCUCUGUUUAGCUGCAUGCUUAUUUUAGCAGUGUUUCAUUUUAUUUUAUUUUUUUUAAACUGCCCUACUGUAAGUGUGCGUAUUUCAGAAAUACAUUUUGACUUCCCUUAUGUGACUGCAAGCCAAUUAUACUGAAAGACAUGAUGUGUUUUGUACAUAGGUCAAAAUAAACACUGGAUUUCCUGUA